AUGUCUUCCCCAACAAUGUUUAAACCCAACUACAAUCUGGAGUCUGCUAGUUCCGAGCCGCAACAGCAUUCGCCAAUCAACAUCUCCAAACAGCCGCUGACUUCCAGAAGACGCAAGUCGUCUUUCACCACUUCCUCUUCUCCGUACGCCAGAAGAAGGUCUUUUCUGUCCAAGGCCAUGCUGGAGAACGACGAUUUCCAAAUCUACGAACUGUCUUCGUUCUCCCCUUCAUCCUGCUUCAUCUCGGUCGAUAGCCCGUCCCGAGCCCGGAUCCCGUCCUUCUCCAUCAACCUCACACAAUCCCAGGGGUUUAUAUGGAACCAGGACCUGUUCGCCUCGUCGUACCAACAGGCCCGCGCAGGAAUCGACCCGGACGAGUUCCAGGAAGGCUCCGCCAGCGUAGAGGUGGUGGACAUCGUGCUGGAAGAGGAUUCCGACCCAGAAUCCAAACCAGUCCCCGGAGAUAGCUCGGCUAACCCUGUGCAGCCGGAACACACUGGCUGGCUGUCUCCGCCCCAAAUUCCUCAGGUCGACCGACGCGUCGAAAACAUUACCACCAAAACAAGUAGCGGAAAAAAAUUUCAUAACCAGUUGAACGUCAUGCUAAGAUUGCUCGGGUCCGCGCUCCCGCGCAUGUCCAGACGGCUCGCGUCGACGUGCGCCGUCGCCAGACCUGUCACGAUGGUCCCUCCCGCUCCGCUGGCCGGCUUCAAAUUCAUCAGUCCCGUGCUGGCAGGCCUUUCACAGUCCACAGAAAUGGUUCUUUCGUCCGUUGUUAGAAAGAGACGACUCAAGAUGAAAAAACACAAGCUUAGAAAGAGAAGAAAGGCACAAAGAGCCCUCCGAAUCAAACAUGCUGCUUGGGGAAAUAAUACUGGUGCCGAUCAUGGCAUUCAGAGUAGUACAAAUACCGAGCAAUUUCCGUCUUUCAGCUCGGUAGCAGCACAAGCACAACAGCCACAGCCACAGCCCGCCGACGUGGUGGACCUACAACAGCAAAUCAGUCAAACACAGGCGGUGUUGAACGCAAUUCAACAGGCCAACAGAAACAAGGCCAACAGCGGCGUGAAUGGCGACGGACUGGGCGAGUUCGCGCUGUCGGACAUGGACAAGUACGGUCUGAACGCUUUGCUGCCCGUUUUAAAGAUGCAAAAUAAUGAAUUAAAUACCAUCACCACAGGACUGGAUCUCAACAUGUUGGGCCUGGACAUGACCAGAAAAAACGAAAACGUGCAGAUCUCCAAGACGUUUGCGUCCCCAUGGCUGGAAACGAGCCGUUCCGAGGUGGAACCGAUCUUUUCUGUGCCAAAGUCGUUUGAGAUCAAAAACGACGAGCUGGCCAGCGUGGAGUCGCGAAUCAGCACGUUCAACGACGAAACACUGUUUUUCAUAUUCUACUCCAAACCAAGAGACGUUUUGCAGGAAUUGGUGGCCAGAGAACUCAACAGCAGAAACUGGAGAUACCACAAGGAUUUGCAGGUCUGGCUCACCAAGGACUCGAACGUCGAACCGACCGUCAACGGCCCGGCGUCCGAGAACGGCACCUACGUCUUCUUCGACCCAACCUCGUGGGAGUACGUGACCAAGGACUUUGUUCUCUACUACCAGUCCAUCAUCUAA